CCCCGCCAAGCUGCAGCGGCCCGGGGCACUACCCCGCCUCAGGAUGGAGAGCACUCGGAGGAGUCUCCAGAACCGCCGCCGCCUUGGCCGCCGCCACCCGCUCCUCCAUCAGCUCCUCCACCGCUCCCGACUCUUUUAUCAGAACCGGCAUCAGAGACCUGUCCAGACCCUGCUCAAGGACCCUGUUUGGAAUUGACUCCAGAACCAGCCACAGAACUAGACACAGAAUGCACCUCAGAACCAGCCCCAGAGUCGGCCCCAGAACUGGCCCCCAUACCAACCCCAGGGUUGGCACCAGAACUAGACCUUGAACCAGCCCCAGAGCCGGACUCAGAGCCAGCCCCGGAACCAGCCACAGAGCCGGACCCAAAACCAGAAUCUGCAACGAAACCAGCCACAGCAUUCUGCCCUGAGCCGGUUCCAGAGUCCUGUCUGAAGCUGAAUCCAGCAUCGUGCCUAUUGCAGUGUCCAGUAGUCGUUCCAGAGAGGGGCCUAAAGACCUCGCCCUUGCCAUCGCCCCGAACCUCAAUGUCAUGGUUGAGAAUUAAGAAAAUACUGAAGGAGGGACCUCUGCUGAAGAACUGUAACUCCUUCAAAAGAUGGAAGCUUAGAUAUUUCCUGGUUCGAGGACAGAAGCUCUGCUUUGCACACCACCCUGCGUUUGCGCGCUUUGAAACAAUUGAUCUAUCUCAAGUCGCCUUGGCAGAAAGCAACUGUAGAAACCUUUGCCACACUUUUUGUGUUAUCACACCAGAGCGAAAAUUCACCCUGGCAGCUCCCAACCGGAAAGACAUGGAAGAAUGGAUUAAUGUCAUAAAAACUGUGCAACAGGGAGAAAUUUGUAAGAUACCUGCAGUAGAAAAUAACCCUUUCCUUGUUGGAAUGCACUAUUGGUAUUUAAGCCACAGCCCUCGAACUCAGCACUGCAAUAUUUGUCGGGAGAGUAUUUCUGCCUUAUCUAGAGAUGCUAUUAUCUGCGAAGUGUGCAAAGUCAAAUCUCACAGAUUAUGUGCUUUGAGAGCAAGAAAAGACUGCAAGUGGAAUACCUUGUCUGUCACUGAUGACUUACUCCUGCCUGCAGAUGAAAUAAUCAUGCCCCAUCAAUGGGUAGAAGGAAAUAUGCCUGUCAGCUCUCAGUGUGCAGUAUGUAAUGAGAGCUGUGGCAGUUAUCAAAGACUUCAAGAUUUCCGUUGCCUUUGGUGUAAUUCUACGGUGCAUGAUGUCUGCAGGAGACGGUUUUCCAAGGAAUGUUGCUUUGGAAGUCAUCGCUCAUUAGUCAUUCCUCCCACUGCCCUCAGUGACCCUAAAGAUGAUGGCCAAUUAAUUGUAUCUUCCGAUUUCUGGAAUCUCGAUUGGUCAUCAGCCUGUUCAUGUCCCCUGCUCAUCUUCAUCAACUCCAAAAGUGGUGAUCAUCAAGGAAUCAUCUUCCUUCAGAAAUUUAAACAAUACCUUAAUCCAUCUCAAGUGUUUGACCUAUCAAAGGGUGGGCCUGAAGUUGGGCUAUGCAUGUUCAAGAACUUUGCUCGUUUUCGCAUUCUGGUUUGUGGUGGAGAUGGCAGUGUGAGCUGGGUCUUAUCCCUGAUUGAUGCCUUUGGACUACAUGAAAGGUGUCAGCUUGCAGUCAUCCCACUUGGAACUGGUAAUGAUCUGGCCCGUGUCCUGGGCUGGGGUGCAUUUUGGAACAAAAAUGAAUCACCUCUUGAUAUACUCAACAGAGUGCAGCAAGCUAGUGUGAGGAUUCUAGACAGAUGGAGUGUGAUGAUUCGUGAGACUCCCAAACAAACUCCUCUGCUAAAAGGACAGGUCAAAAUGGAUGUACCACAAUUUGAGGCUGCUGCCAUUCAACAUCUGGAAUCUUCAAGCACUGAAUUGAACAAAAUCCUGAAAGCCAAGGACCCCACAGAGAUGAUCAUUGCAACCAGAUUCUUGUGCUCAGCAGUGGAAGAUUUCGUGGUUGAUGUUGUAAAGGCCUGGAGUCAGAUAAGACAGAACAAUACAGCAAUAGAGUCUGUGGUUUUAAAAAGUGACUUAAUGUAUGAUAAGCUCAGUGUCCUGAUUGAUGUCCUGUCUGAGGAGGCAACAGCUCCCUCUACAGAGAAAAGUCCUAAUGUCUAUGCAGACAGUAGCAAGGCAGAUGGAAAGUCCUUCCUUCCUCAAAUAGACCACAUAAACAAGUGCAAGCUGGAAUUGGCCACAAAGGCCCGGAAUCUCCAGAAAUCCUUGAAACUCAUCAUAUUCCAAGUUGAACAAGUUCUAAAUGAGGAAAGCAGACAGACAAUAUCAGUUAAGAACUUUCAUUCAACUUUCUUCCGGGAAUAUGACUCAGAGGAUGUUAACCACACAAGCCUAAGACACCGUUCUUAUCAUGGCACCCUGACUUCUAUAUCUUUUCUCAAAAGUGAGGACCUAGAUAACCUUAACUUGGAACACUUACAUUUUACACCUGAAACUAUACGCUUCAAAGAAAAGUGUGUCAUGAAUAACUACUUUGGAAUUGGACUGGAUGCUAAAAUUUCUCUGGAGUUCAACACCAGACGAGAAGAACACCCAAAACAAUACAAUAGCCGCCUUAAAAACAAGAUGUGGUAUGGCCUUCUAGGAAGCAAGGAACUUUUGCAGCGCUCCUACAGGAAACUGGAAGAACGAGUACAUCUGGAGUGUGAUGGAGAAGCCAUCUCUUUGCCAAACCUGCAAGGCAUUGUAGUGCUCAACAUCACCAGUUAUGCUGGAGGGGUCAACUUCUGGGGAAGCAACAUAGCAACUACAGAAUAUGAAGCUCCUGCAAUGGAUGAUGGGAAGCUGGAGGUAGUGGCAAUCUUCAGUUCCAUGCAGAUGGCAAUGUCUCGUAUCUUCAACCUACAUCAUCAUCGCAUUGCCCAGUGUCAUGAGGUAAUGAUAACCAUUGAUGGUGAAGAAGGUAUCCCAGUGCAGGUGGAUGGGGAGGCCUGGAUUCAGAGGCCAGGCCUUAUCAAGAUUAGAUACAAGAAUGCUGCCCAGAUGCUGACAAGAGAUCAGGACUUUGAGAACUCAAUGAAAAUGUGGGAGUGGAAGCAUACUGAGAUUCAAGGUGCCCCUCAGCCCCAGCUGGACUCCCAAGAAACUCAAGACAGCCUCUCUGACGAGGAGUAUGUCCAAAUGCAGCACUUAGCUCAGCUUGCAGAAAAUCUCAUCAGCAGACUUACUGACCUGAGCAAGGUCCACCAGCAUGUGUCUGUCCUCAUGGAUUCUGUGAACGCCAGUGCUGAUAUUCUGAAUGAUAUAUUUUAUGGUCAAGACAGUGGCAAUGAAGCAGGUGUAGCUUCCUGUACUCCUAUUGAGACCUUAAGCAGAAAUGAUGCAGUAAAUGUUACAUUUAGUCUUAAAGGACUCUACAAUGACACCAAAGCUUUCUUGGAUGAAAACUUGCUGAGAAAUGCUGAUGAUGAGGCCACCCUACAAACCAUUCUGGAUGCCAUGAGUAAGGAGUUCGAAAAACUAUCUGAAAUCAAUGGGAUGAAUUCAAUCCUUGUUCUGGAGGAAAAGUCUUCUGACACUGAGAGUAGAAGCCUCAGAUUGAAAAUUAAGUUCCAAAAGCUGGAAGAGGAAGACAAGCUUAAAUCAGGCCAAGGAAUCCAGUGAUUGGUAAGCAAUUUGUGGCAUCACAAACAUCAUGAAGAUGAAAUGAAAGCUGAUGAUCCUCCAUCACCAACAACAUCUCAGCUAUACCCCUUGAAAGCU